AUGCACCCACCGUGUGAAAACCUGCACGUUGGCAUCAUCGGCGGAGGGCUCGCCGGUCUCGCGCUUGGCAUUGGCCUCAGCUACCGACAUGUAUCCUUCACCAUAUUUGAGGCGGCACCGGGGCUGAACGCCAUCGGCGCUGGCAUUAGUCUGGGUCCCAACACGACGCGGGCCAUGGCACUCAUCGACCCGGCGCUGCGGGAGGGCUAUGAGAAAAUUGCUGUCAAAAACCGGUCUCCGGAGAGGCAGCACAACUUUGCCGACUUCUUACUCGCCGAGCCUGGAUUCGGCGCCGCGAGAGGAUUUCACGGUGCCGCAGUUGGGUCAAGGGAUUUCGUCCGCAGCGGUGCUCAUCGAAAAGACCUGCUCGGAACCAUGAUGAGUUUGCUUCCGCCCGACGGCUGUGUCCGAUUUGGAUCCAAGGCAGCCAGCGUCUGCCAGGUCGGAUCAAGAGUCCACGUCAACUUUGAAGACGGCCAGGUUGCCGAAUUCGAUGCAGUCGUUGGCUGCGACGGCGGAAAGGGCAUCACUCGGCGGGCAGUCUUGGGACAAGAGUUUCCAGACCAGGUCCAAUUGACAUACAGUGGUCGCUAUGUCUAUCGAGCCUUGGUACCGCCAGGCAAGGCGCACGAGCUUCUGGGAGGCUAUGCCGACGACAGCAAGAUAUUCAUAGGGCAAGGCAGAUACUUUGCGGCAUAUCCCACGUCGGGAGGCUGCUUCAACUUUGUCGGCGGCAGGCAGACGGAUGAGCCUUGGACACAUUCACAUUCAACCCAGCAAGUGAGCAAGGAGGACAUGCGCAGUGACUUUGAUGGGUGCGACCCAAGACUGCUGCGGUUACUUGAGUGGGCAAAACCCUUGAGAUGGGGUCUGUUCCACCAUGUUGACACGCCGACUUACACCCGUGGACGCAUUGUCUUACUCGGAGACGUGGCUCAUGCCUCGACACCGCAUCAGGGUGCCGGCGCCGGGCAGUGUUUUGAGGAUGCCCUCGUCCUAUCUCAUCUGCUGGGCGAGAUUCGGCAUGUUGGAGAGAUACCUGCUGCCCUGGAGGUUUACGAUUCCAUCUGCCGGCCACGCGCUCAAGAAAUUGUCAGGACAAGCAAUGAGACGGGGCUCAUGUACACCAUGAAGCAUCCGCAAUGCAAAGACGACGUAGCCAAAAUUGUGGCCAACGCAAAGGGCAGGUCCCAAUGGAUCUGGACACACGACCUGAAAGCCGACUUGGUGAAAGCGUCCCGAGGUCUUGAGAAGCUGCGCAGCAAACGAAAAUAG